AGUUGACAUUUACCAGCUGAAAAUCGUGUGAGGUUAAAUUAACAUUUGCAGUUGCAUUUCUCAAGUGAAAAAUUCAAAAUUUAAAUAAUUUCAUAAUGAGUAAUUUAACAAAAUCCGUACUUCGUUUUGGCAACAGCCUGAUUGCUGCCAACUCAAAGAAUGCAGUGAAAAAUGUUUUUGGCAAACGUGAUUUCACACGCACCCUCUGGCACAUGUGCAAGAAUCCGGAAGCUUCUGGCGCAACCACCAGUGUUCUAAAUGUGCACAAACCCAGCUUAAGCUGCAGCUGCGGAUGUGGCGGAGCCAAACACUUGCACACCAAAGGUGAACGCGAACUGGUGGAAUUCCUGACUGAAGAAAUCUUGGCGGAACGCAAAGCACAAAAGAUCAAAACCAUUCCAACCACUGUGGAGGGUUUCAAUGUUAAGCUGGAUGGCGCCGAUGUUGAGUUAACCAAGCAGAGUGAUAAGGAAAAAAUUGUCGUCAGCUUCAAUGUCAACCACACUGUGGAUACUGAAGAAGAGCCAGAAUUGGACCCCAACGCCGAAAAGGCUGAAAUCGGUGAGAUGCGCAGUAAACCACGUUUUGAAGUUGACAUCGUUAAGGGCAGCACAACGCUUUCAUUCACAUGCUCCUUUUUGGAGGGCACCCCACAAGAGGGCGAAUACAAUGACAUCUUCGGUAUUGAUGAGAUGAGCAUCUACCAAGGUGAAUGGAACGAUAAGGUUUAUGCCGUGGCCGGUGAUGUGCUCGAUGGCUACCUUUAUGACUUGCUGAUGAAUCUCUUGGAAGAGAAGGGUGUCAGCAAUGAUUUUGUUGAAAAACUAUCAGAUUUGGCUACCGCAUUUGAACAUACCUCAUACAUUGGUCUAUUGGAGAGCCUCUCGAAGUUUACCGCCGGCAAAUAAAUGUUGCUCGCUGCCAAUAAAUGCUGCAUAGCGUUUACUAACCAGUUUUUACAUACCUAAGUGACAUAUAUAAUUUACGUUUAAAGUUUAAGAAUUAAUCACAUGAAGUGCAAAUCGAAAAGGCAAACCAUAUUUCAUUUUCUGGAAAGUGCGUUUUCGUGUUGUUAUGUAAAUGUUAUCGCGACCAUUGUGGACCUUGUGUAUGUGUGCCAAACUUUUUUAUGUGGCCUAAUACAGAAUUUAAGUAUUGUUGAAUUGUUUUCGCUUUCUUUCUUAAUUAAUGGAGUUCACUCGAAAUUUUUUUGCUUAGGAAAUAUAAAAUGUCGUGUGCGUUUGCAGUGAGCAUUGAAAAUAAUUUGACUACAAACCAAAUGUCUUUAUUUGUAAUGAAAAUACUUGCAGAAAUAAAGGUACAAUAAUUCUAAGGAAAAAAUUAAA